AGAUGGAACUGGGCCGACAUUCUGCUGCUUUUCUCAUCGAAGAAAAGCCCGAUCUCAAUACAGUUUUCUGUUCACAAAACUCAAAUCUGUUACGAACAGAGUGCGCUAAGCUUUGUAGACAUGACCCUUUGCCAAAGUUCCAAAAAUUGCAUUGUUUACAAGGAGUACAAUGGCUAAUUUAGUUACUGCACACGCGCACUUUACAGAGAAGGUGUUCCCUAACGGAAAUAUGCAAAUAAUUCUAGAACUCACCAAUAGGAUCUCGGUAGUCCUUGCUUGUUCUGCCCACUAUGCUUCAUUUGCUCCCAUUGAAAACGACACAGAUGAACUAUCUUGGGUUAGUUAUUGUUCUAGCAAAAUCGUUUAUUUCUAGCCGCAACGCUCAACGUUUCUCACAGGUCAAAUAGUCAACUAAACGUCAACAGGAAGCAGGAAAGGAGACUCGACAUUGUUGUUGAUUUGUUCUAGCUAUCAUCAGCGAACUGGAGACCAAUCGCUUGUGCAGAGGAGGGUACAGAUAAUUUAGCAAGCAAAAGUCAUUCACAAGUUACAACAUGGCCAUGACGGCGGUGCGGUCAGGGGGAGCGGGAGGACCAGCCUCUUUGUCUCGGUUCCGCGGUGCACUGGUUGCUGCGGUGCUGGGAGACUGCGUUGGUGGAGAAUUUGAAGGUGCAGAGGAGGUGCCCAUGGACCGCGUAUUGCAGCAUUUGAACGGAUUGGAGGAUGAGAGUCGCGGCGAUGGUGAGACAAGAUUGAUCACUACUAAUAUUGAAAAACAAUAGACUUAUUUGUAUACAGUACAAAUACUCACAUUUAUCCCCAUGUAUCUACCUCAGCCCCCCUCCCCGCUUAAUCCUAAUCCCUAUAAAAUAUGUGGAUUGCUCAAUGCAACAUUAACCUAUAUUUAAUGGGAAAUGGCAACACAUUUAUAGCAGUCUUCUGUGAAUGUGCCUCUAAACCCAAUAUCAGACACCCACCAACACAUUACCAUAUCGUCGUCAUCAUCAAUUAUCAUCAUCAUCAUUGUGUGUGUCCCCAGGUAUUCUGCAGUACAGUGAUGACACUGCCAUGACGCGCUGUGUUGUCCAGUCUCUGCUGACCAGGGCAGGGUUUGAUGAACAAGACAUGGCACGCAGGUAAAGUAGACAGUUGGGGUCCGUCGGUGCAUUACAGUUUCAGUACUGUUAAGCAUCUAUAAAAUGUAAAUAUUUGUUGGGGUGCUUUUUCUCUGCAGGUUUGCAAAGGAAUACAGCCAUUCUCCAGGGCGGGGGUACGGGGCAGGUGUGAUCCAGGUGUUGAGGAAGCUUGCAUCUCCACACCUUAAUGAUGUCUUUCAGCCGGCUCGGGCUCAGUUCAGUGGCCGCGGCUCCUUUGGGAAUGGUGGUGCGAUGAGGGCUGCACCUUUCGCACUGGCUUUCAGUAACCCAGUUGACAUUAGGAGGGUUAGUGAUAGUGAUAGAAUGUGUGGUGGGGGCGAGUGGCUACUAUUACUGGCCAUCCUAGCUUGUUACAUCCUCCUCAGAUAGAAAACCAGCUAGCAGCUCAACAGAUUCGCUGUUUGAGGAGGAUAUAAGGCUACUGUCACCCUAACAACCAUUCCAAUUUAACUGUCUUCAUUUUGCUAGGCACUGCUAUACUUAAAUCCUCUCUCUCUUUCUCUGCUCUCGCUCUGUCUGUUAUCUCUGUAUCUCCUAUCUAUUUCUCUCCCUCUCUCUGCUCCCAGUACUCCAGGCUUGGUGCGAUGCUGACCCACUCCUGUUCUCUGGGUUACAAUGGAGCAGUGCUCCAGGCCCUCGCGGUCCACCUGUCUUUACAGGGGGGUUUGGAACUGCCACACAGGCCUACGUUUAUCAACAAACUCAUCUCAGAGAUGGAGGAGGUGGAAGGAGAAGAUGCUGCUCGCAGUGACUCAAGAGUGUAAGUACUUAAACAGAUAGUAAAAAAUUGUCCACGUUUAUUUACCAAGUGCAAAGGAUACAACAGGUGAAAACACAGUGAAAUUCUUACCUUGAGAGCUCUUUUAGAAAUUACAGCCCUUUUUGUACAUAAUCCCCCCAACAGUAUUUGGACAAAUUCAUUUAUGUGUAUUAAAGUAGUCAAAAGUGUAGUAUUUGGUCCCAUAUUUAUAGCACGCAAUGACUACAUCAAGCGUGUUAUUCUACAAAUUUGUUGCAUGCAUUUGCUGUUUGUUUUGGUUGUGUUUCAGAUUAUUUUGUGCCCAAUAGAAAUUGUAAAUAAUGCAUUGUGUCGUUUUGGAGUCACUUUUAUUGUAAAUAAGAAUAUAAUGUUUCGAAACACUUCUACAUUGAUGAGGAUGCUACCAUGAUUACGGAUAGUCCUGAAUUCAUCGUGAAUAAUGAUGAGUGAGAAAGUUACAGACGCACAAAUAUCAUACUCCCAAGACGUGCUAACCUUUUUAAUAUGCCAUUUAGCAGACACUUUUAUCCAAAGCGACCAUUUUUACAUAUGGGUGGUCCCAGGGAUCGAACCCACUACCCUGGCGUUACAAGCGCCAUGCUCUACCAAUUGAGCUACAAUAACAGGGGAGGUUAGCAUUUUUUGGGGGGUAUGAUAUUUAUGCCUUAUUCAAUGUGCAGGGGUACUGGUGUGGUUGAGGUAGGUUUAUACAUAAAACAUGACUGGUAGUAGGAUAUAAAUGUAAACAGGGCUGAAAAGUGACUGGUAGCGGGAAUAUAUAAAUACGUAUGGUAAUACAGUAAUAUACAUUGAGUGUACAAAACAUUAAGUACACCUUCCAAAUAUUGAGUUGCAGUGUAUAUACAGUUGAAGUCGAAGUUUACACACCUUAGCCAAAUACAUUUAAACUCAGUUUUUUACAAUUCCUGACAUUUUAAUCCUAGUAAAAAUUCCCUGUCUUAGGUCAGUUAGGAUCACCACUUUAUUUUAAGAAUGUGAAAUGUCAGAAUAAUAGUAGAGAGAAUUAUUUAUUUCAGCUUUUAUUUAUUUCAUCACGUUCCCAGUGGGUCAGAAGUUUACAUACACUCAAUUAGUAUUUGGUAGCAUUGCCUUUAAAUUGGUUAACUUGGGUCAAAUGUUUCGGGUAGCCUUCCACAAGCUUCCCACAAUAAGUUGGGUGAAUUUUGGCCCAUUCCUCCUGACAGAGCUGGUGUAACUGAGUCAGGUGUGUAGGCCUCCUUGCUUGCACACGCUUUUUCAGUUCUGCCCACAAAUGUUCUAUAGGAUUGAGGUCAGGGCUUUGUGAUGGCCACUCCAAUACCUUGACUUUGUUGUCCUUAAGCCAUUUUGCCACAACUUUGGAAGUAUGCUUGGGGUCAUUGUCUAUUUGGAAGACCCAUUUGCGACCAAGCUUUAACUUCCUGACUGAUGUCUUGAGAUGUUGCUUCAAUAUAUCCACAUAAUUUUCCUUCCUCAUGAUGCCAUCUAUUUUGUGAAGUGCACCAGUCCCUCCUGCAGCAAAGCACCCCUACAGCAUGAUGCUACCACCCCCGUGCUUCACGGUUGGGAUGGUGUUCUUCGGCUUGCAAGCCAUCCCCUUUUUCCUCCAAACAUAGCGAUGGUCAUUAUGGCCAAACAGUUCUAUUUUUGUUUCAUCAGACCAGAGGAAAUUUCUCCAAAAAGUACGAUCUUUGUCCCCAUGUGCAGUUGCAAACCGUAGUCUGGCUUUUUUAUGGCGGUUUUGGAGCAGUGGCUUCUUCCUUGCUGAGCGGCCUUUCAGGUUAUGUCGAUAUAGGACUUGUUUUACUGUGGAUAUAGAUACUUUUGUACCUGUUUCCUCCAGCAUCUUCACAAGGUCCUUUGCUGUUGUUCUGGGAUUGAUUUGCACUUUUCGGACCAAAGUACGUUCAUCUGUAGGAGACAGAACGUGUCUCCAUCCUGAGUAGUAUGACGGCUGCGUGGUCCCAUGGUGUUUAUACUUGCGUACUAUUGUUUGUACAGAUGAACGUGGUACCUUCAGACGUUUGGAAAUUGCUCCCAAGGAUGAACCAGACUUGUGGAGGUCUACAAUUUUUUUUCUGAGGUCUUUGCUGAUUUCUUUUGAUUUUCCCAUUAUGUCAAUUAUCAGAAGCUUCUAAAGCCAUGACAUCAUUUUCUGGAAUUUUCCAAACUGUUUAAAGGCACAGUCAACUUAGUGUAUGUAAACUUCUGACCCACUGGAUGUGUAAUUAUGUGAAAUAAUCUGUCUGUAAACAAUUGUUGGGAAAAUUACUUGUGUCAUGCACAAAGUAGAUGUCCUAACCGACUUGCCAAAACUAUAGUUUGUUAACAAGAAAUGUGUGGAGUGGUUGAAAAACUAGUUUUAAUGACUCCAACCUAAGUGUAUGUAAACUUCUGACUUCAACUGUACAUGUAAACAGGAGUAAUAGUGUGCAAUUAGAGAAUGGGCCCAUUCUGCGCCAGGAUAGCAAAAAUAUUUUUGGGCUAUCUCAGAUUGUUCUGGCAAAUCUCACAUAGAAACUUCAUUGGGAGGAAAGAUGCUUUUUACAUUUGUAUCGCAGACUGUUUUUGAGAAUAUCAUGAUGAAAGUGGCCAUUUUACAUUUACAUUUUACAUUUUAGUCAUUUAGCAGAAGCUCUUAUCCAGAGCGACUUACAGGAGCAAUUAGGGUUAAGUCCCUGUAUAUGUGCCUCCUGUAAGACCCUAUGAUCUGUGAACUGUACAUGCUACAUCUUGGUGUCAUUAUGCUCCUUAUAGUGUGCUCGAAAUUGUAUUUUAUUUUUGUACGUUAAUUUAUUCAACAAUUUAAAAUAUUCAUAUUAAUAUCUCAAAAUACCUCUUUUUUUUUGGGGGGGGGGGCUUAUUUUUAGACAUAUUGUUUGGAACAAUAAACAAUAAACUCUUCAAACAAUUCACAUUUCCAGAGUGGACUCUGGGCUAUCCUGGCGUGGAAUCGCCCAAUGACGAAUUCUAACAAAAGGGUACUCCUUUUCUAGGGUGCUUGAAGAAAUAACUGAUGCACGGAGGAGAGUUUUUGGUUCUUAACUUUUCUUUCCUCUUCUUUCGUCUUGUUCUGUUUUCUUUUCUGUUUUGUAUCUCCAGCUUCAGCGAGUCAGAGUUCCCAUUCUGUGAUCGUCUGCACAGAGUCAAGGACCUGAUGGAAAGGAACAACAGUGUCAGCAUUGAAGAGGUCAUAUCUGAGUUAGGUCAGUAUUGACUUAUGGGGUAAAUGCAAACUAUAUUCAAUGGUGGCAUUAUCCCUCUAGGAUUUUGCUAUUCUCUGCUGGUCUUGGAAUAUAAUUUACUAGUUUAUCACUUUUGUCACCAGCUAGUAUGAUAGACUAGCAGUUUUAGUUCACUCUAAAGAUGUAUUUCUUUCUGUGUUUGUACUCAGGCAAUGGCAUUGCAGCCCUGCAUUCUGUCCCCACUGCCAUCUUCUGUGUGCUGCACUGCCUGGAACCCCGGGAGGGUCUGCCCGAGCGCUACAGUGGCCUGGAGAGGACAAUGGCGUACAGUCUGGCCUUGGGGGGCGACACAGACACCAUUGCCUGCAUGGCGGGGGCCAUUGCAGGGGCACACUAUGGAAUCGAUGCUAUCCCCCAAAUCUGGCAGCGUUGUUGUGAAGGGGCAGAGGAUGCUGAUAUAAAUGCUGAGCGCCUACACACUCUGUACCACCAGGCACCGGCUGAGGGAGACUCUGGGACCGACAGUCAGCCACACACAGCAGCACAUGAUCCCACAACCACUAAAUGACUUUGACAGAGAUAAACAUACAUUGAUAGCUAUUUCAUAUGUCAUCUUAUUCCGUGGUCCUCCUUCUGUCAUCUGUUCAACAAAUUAGUUUGUCAUGAAAACCCCCAUUAUGGAUUUAACAUGAGUUACUGUAUGCCAUUUUUUUGAUGGAGAAAAGUAUUUA